GCCGCCGCCGCCGCCGCCGCGCCCUCAGCCCUGGCAUCCGGAGCACCGGUGGGGGAGCCCGGGCCAUGCAGCCCCCUCGGGGAGGCGGCCGUGGGGGGCCCGGACGCCCAGAGCGGCGCUGCCUCCCCACGGGGUAGGCGACAGAAGUGCCGGGACUCUUCCUGCACCCCCGGACGGCUCAGGAUGCUGCCCUUCACCCUCCUCCUCCUCCUGCUCCUGGGAGGCGCUCUGGCACAUUCAGACCGGAUCAUUUCCCCAAAUCCUGCUUGUGAGGAUCCUCCGGCCGUGCUCUUGGAAGUGCAGGGCACCUUACAGAGGCCCCUGGGCCGGGACAGCCACAGCUCCCCUGCCAACUGCACCUGGCUCAUCCUGGGGAGCAAGGAGCAGACUGUAACAGUGAGGUUCCAAAAACUGCACCUGGCCUGUGGCUCAGAGCGCUUAAUCCUGCGCUCCCCUCUCCAGCCACAGAUCUCCCUGUGUGAGGCACCUGCCAGCCCUCUGCAGCUGCCAGGGGGCAACGUCACCAUCACAUACAGCUAUGCCGGGGCCAGAGCACCCAUGGGCCAGGGCUUCCUGCUCUCUUACAGCCAAGAUUGGCUGAUGUGCCUGCCCGAAGAGUUCCAGUGCCUGAACCACCGCUGUGUGCCCUUGGCCCAGCGCUGCGACAACAUCGAUGCCUGUGGCGAUGGCUCUGACGAGGCAGGUUGCAGCUCAGACCUCUUCCCUGACCUGACCCCAGCCCCUGUCCCCACGUCACCUUGCAAUCACACCUUGGGAGACUUUUAUGGGGUCUUCUCUUCCCCCGGCUACUCACGCUUGGCCUCAGUCUCCCACCCCCAGUCCUGCCUCUGGCUGCUAGACCCCCAUGACGGUCGGCGCCUGGCAGUGCGCUUCACGGCCCUGGACCUGGGCUAUGGAGAUGCAGUACAUGUGUAUGAUGGCCCGGGGCCUCCUAAGACCCCUCGGCUGCUGCGCAGCCUCACCCACUUCAGCAAUGGCAAGGCUGUCACCGUGGAGACGCUCUCUGGCCAGGCCAUCGUGGCCUACCACACGGUUGCUUGGAGCACCGGUCGAGGCUUCAAUGCCACCUACCACGUGCGAGGCUACUGCCUGCCCUGGGAUCGACCCUGCGGCUUGGGUGCUGGCCUGGGGGCCAGUGAGGGCCUGGGGGAGCGCUGCUACAGUGAGGCACAGCGCUGUGACGGCUCGUGGGACUGUGCCGAUGGCACGGAUGAGGAAAACUGCCCCAGCUGCCCGCCCGGACACUACCCCUGCGGGGCUGCUGGCACCCCUGGGGCCACCGCCUGCUACCUACCUGCCGACCGCUGCAACUACCAGACUUUCUGUGCCGACGGAGCAGAUGAGAGACGUUGCCGGCACUGCCAGCCUGGCAAUUUCCGAUGCCGGGACGAGAAGUGUGUGUAUGAGACGUGGGUGUGCGAUGGGCAGCCAGACUGUGCCGACGGCAGUGAUGAAUGGGACUGCUCCUAUGCCCUGCCCCGCAAGGUCAUUACAGCUGCUGUCAUCGGCAGCCUGGUGUGCGGCCUACUGCUGGUCAUCGCCCUGGGCUGCACCUGCAAGCUCUAUGCCAUUCGUACCCAGGAGUACAGCAUCUUCGCCCCCCUCUCCCGGAUGGAGGCUGAGAUCGUGCAGCAGCAGGCGCCACCCUCCUAUGGGCAGCUCAUUGCCCAAGGCGCCAUCCCGCCUGUCGAGGACUUCCCUACAGAGAAUCCUAAUGAUAACUCAGUGCUAGGCAACCUGCGUUCUCUGCUACAGAUCUUGCGCCAGGACAUGACUCCAGGGGCUGCCUCAGGUGCCCGCCGCCGCCAACGGGGCCGCUCCAUGCGCCGCCUGGUGCGCCGGCUCCGCCGCUGGGGCCUGCUUCCUCGAGCCACCCCCCCAGCCAGGACCCCUGAGACCAGAUCUCAGGUCACACCUUCUGCUGCUCCCCUUGAGGCCCUAGAUGGCAACACAGGUCCGGCCCGUGAGGGUGGGGCGGUAGGGGGGCAGGAUGGGGAAGAGGCACCCCCAUUGCCAGUCAAGGCUCCCCUUUCAUCUACCAGUGUGUCUCCACACACCCCCACUGCCUCCGAGGCCCCCAGGCCAUCGCCCUCCAUGCCCCUAGAGCCAUCACUGUUAUCUGGAGUGGUGCAGGCCCUGCGAGGCCGCCUCCUGCCCAGCCUUCAGCCCCCAGGACCAACUCGGACGCCACCCGAACUCCACACAAUGGUCCUGUCCCCAGAGGAUGAGGAUGAUGUGCUUCUGUUGCCACUGGCUGAGCCGGGGGUCUGGGUGGUCGAAGCGGAGGACGAGCCACUGCUUGCCUGAGGUGACCCAGCUCCCUUGGGGGCUCUGGUCAUGAUGACAGCAACCCUUCAGAGGGCAGCUCAGCUUCCCUUCCACUUCUUCCUUCCCUGAGCCUCCAUCUGAGCCUCCUAUUGACCCUGUGUGGCUGCUGUAACAUUAGGUAUCCCUCUGGCAGGGAAUGGGCUCCCACAGAGCUCCCUCUGCAUGGGCCCUGAGACCAUAGUCUUUGUCACCACUGUUUCCCUGCACCACCACCACUCAGGUGGCUAUUUUUAAAAAGUAAAUUUCUUGAAGGGUCAUAGGCCUGGACACUCCAUCCUUUCCAAACCACUGCCCGAAAGUGGCCUUCAAGCACCAGAAUGUUGAUUAUGAGUGGAGACCUCCAGCCCCCAGGGGAAGGAUUUGGGCAGAGCCUGAGAUUUUGCCUACUGUCGUCCUUCCUACGGGGCCUGGCUCAUAAAAAGAGCACAGAAAAUGCUUUUGUCCCAUAGCUAGGUCAUUGCCCAGCAAGUCAAGGUUGAAAAUAAAGGAGCCAGAAAUUUAA